CCUUAAUCACAACAACUGAUCACUGGUCAGUAACCCACAUGUCCAUGUGCAAUGCAAUGUGUACAGUUAGCUAUGUAUUAAUAAUCUAGUUUUGAGAUUUGAAUUUUGGGUGCGGUCAGCGAGGGCCUAUGAAUGAUUAAUGACUUAAUCCUAAUUGUUAUUUGAAUUAUGGAGGUAUGAUGAACAAGAAAACUCUUUCAUUUUAAAAUUAUGGAUGACAAUUCUGUCAACAAUUGCAGAUAUUCGACAUAAAUUACCUAAGUACGAGGCGAAUAUAAAUAAUAUCCACAAAUAAUAUAAUAACUAAUCCAUUUCUAUUGUUUCACUUUGUCUACUCUACACAAUAAAUAAAAGUCAAAUGAGAAAACUUGAAGCCCUAUUUCAAAUUUCUUGCAUCCAGAAUGAAAGUAGGAAGGAUCUUUUGUAGCAAGAGAUCAAAUUUUCAAUAACGGGUAGUAAUCUAGUACUCAUCGUGAAGUCGAUACUCUACCUAACCUAGCAAGUUGCAAGAGUGAUUAGAAUAUUGGGCUCGGCCGCCGGCGACCUUGACCUUGAUCGAUUAAAAGUCAACUACAUUAAUGAGCGAUUAGAAUAAUUGGAUGCAGUAAUCAAUAUAUAUAUAUAUAGCAUGAACAUCAGAAGUUGAGUACUCCAAUCAUCUUAACUUCCCCCGACAUGGCCGCCGCCGCCGCUCCUCCCUACGAUCGAUUCGCCGAGCUGAAGGCAUUCGACGAAACAAAAGCCGGCGUGAAAGGGCUGGCGGACGCCGGAAUCACCGAGCUGCCACGAAUCUUCCACGCGCCGCCGCAUCUCCUCCACGACCACCCCACAGCUGCACCCGGCGAUCCCAACUUCGUCUUCCCCAUCAUCGACCUGGCCGGCGGCGCGUGGGCAGAGGAUCCCGACAAGCGGAAGCAGAUUGUCGCAGAGAUCAGAGACGCAUCAGCGAACUGGGGAUUCUUCCAGGUCGUCAACCAUGGCUUCCCGGCGAGUCUCGUAUCGGAAAUGAUCGCCGGUGCCCACAGAUUCUUCGAACUGGAUGUGGACGAAAAGAAGCAAUACUACAGCCACGACAUGAGGAAGAAAGUCGUCCACCACAGCAACUUGAACAUAUACACUGUGCAAACAGUAAAUUGGAGGGACACCAUCAUGUUUCAAAUGGCGCCAGAUCCACCGGAAACAGAGGAGAUACCAGCUUGCUGCAGGGACGUUGUAACAGAGUACUCGAGGGAGAUACUGAAAUUCGGGGAGCUGCUCUUCGAGCUGUUGUCCGAAGCUCUAGGGUUGAGGCCGAAUCACUUGAAAGAAAUGGGUUGUGCAGAGGGAGUGAACCUGCUGUACAAUUACUAUCCGGCCUGUCCUCAGCCGGAGAUCACUCUGGGGACGACCCAACACGCCGAUUUCGGGUUCAUUUCCCUGCUCGUGCAGGAUCGCAUCGGGGGGCUUCAGGUUCUGCAUCGGGAUCACUGGGUCGAUGUGGUUCCCGAUUCGGAGGGGAUCGUGGUCAACAUCGCGAAUCUGCUUCAGGUGAUGUCGAACGACGAGUUUACGAGCGUGCAGCACAGGGCGGUGGUGAAGAGCGUCGGUCCGAGGGUUUCUGCUACUGCAUUUUUUGGGGUGGGGUACACGUCGAAUCCGAGAGUUUAUGGACCCAUAAGAGAGUUGUUGAGCGAAGAGAAUCCUCCCAAAUACAAGGAGACUACGAUUCAGGAUUUCGUAACUCAAUCGUACAAGCAAGGGCUUAAUGGGGUGUCUUUUCUGGAUAUUCUUAAACUCGCGAAAGAUUAGACUCUCUUAUAUGUGAUUGCUAUCGUCUUUUGUAAGGAUUCUUCUAUGCUUGAUAGUUAUUUCAUUUAUAUGAUCAAUAAGUACGCUUGAUAAUUAGAACGUUAUUCAUGUAUGUUUGUAAUGUCAAGUUCGAGUACGUAUCUUAUUUGACGAUUUCUAAUGCGAAUUCUAUAAAGUAUUUACUAUGCCAAACUUCAUGCAGUUUUUAUUUACACCUAAAACAUUUUGGUUUCUUUCUUUUGCAUUUAUCAUAUUGGCAAAAAAAAUUAUAAACACGCAAGCGAUCGAAAUCAUCAAAAAAUUUCAAUACUUUCUUUCUUACAGUAAAAAAAAAAAUCAAUACUUUGUGGUGAAGAAUUCUGUACUUUAUUUGCAAUCCCAACCAGAUUUUCCAAGUCGCUUGCUUACUUCAAAAAAUCUGAAAAUCUUGCAAUGCAAUAGUUUUUUAGUAUACUCAACCACUGUCUUUCUCCUUUAAUGCUCAACUGGCUCAUCAAAUAAAAGAAUCAUUGACCACUUCUUCCUCCCUGGAGUGCCUCCCUCAUGGUCUUCCCUUCUGUUUGGUUGUCUCAACCUCAACUUUAACACAUGUGUUCGUCCUUCUUAGAAAUGUGCUAUAAGUUUGAUUGUGAAGUUUGUAGAUGAUCGUCCUCAUAUGCCAGUCGAGUGUCUGAGUCCGGAUCUGGUGACUAAGGGGGUGCUUAGUCACUUGGCUAAGCCCCCCCUCAGCCUUUAGAUUAAUCUAAUGGUCCAGAUAAAGUGUUCAAUUAUUAUUAAAUGAAAAGGGUAGUUUUGGCAUUAUCAUAAAUUCAUUAAUUCUUAAUUUCAGUUUUAUUUUAUUUUUUUCCUUCCUCUCCAACCGUCUCCUUCUUUCACGUUCACAGAGAGAGAAAGAGGGGAUAGAGAUGCACGAUUUCAACAGCGACGGUGAGAGAAGGGCCGACGGCGCGAUGGAGAGAGAAAGAAGAUCUCGACGGCGUUGAUGGAGAGAGGAAAAGGCGUCGCGACGGAGGCGGUAGCAUUGGAGAGAGAGAAAGUAGAUCUAGAGAGAGGCGAUGGCGGAGAGAGAGAGGCGAUGGCGGAGAGAGAGAGGCAGUGGCGGAGAGAGCUUCGACGACGAUGGAGGAGAGAGAAGCAGCGCGGUGAUGGAGAGAGAGAGGUAACGACGGCUGUAGAGAGAGUCGGCGGCGGCGGCAGCGGCAGUGGCGGUGGAGAGACAUCGUAUACGUCGUUUGAAGGAAGAACAGUGAUUUGUAUAGUUUGUAUGUUUUGUAACAUUAGUUUGUAUUGUUAGUAUUUUUGUACAAAAUGAAUACAAAGUAUACAAAUCAUAACAUAAAAGUAUACAAACUUGAAUAACAAAAGUUACAAAUUACA